AAACGUUGUGGAAAAAUAAACCAAGAAGUUGGUAUACAUAAGAUUUGUCUUGUAUAUGGUAGAUGUCCAGUGUUAGGAUGAUGUUGUGAUAUGUUGCUGAUGUGAUGUUUCUUCUGUUGUUGCAAGGAUGAAGAGGAAGCAGCCGGAUGAUGACAACUCCUCUGCAACAUCUGAGGAAUGGCUUUCCACUAGGAAUAAACAAAAGAUCAAGCCAGCCUCACCCAAGCAUAAGAGACGACGCUCAAGUGUGGUUAGGGGAUUUCCCCGACAGUCCAAGUCAUCGCUAUGGGAACUGACUCAGACCACGGCCCCUCACCCUCUCCUCUUUACAGCCACAAAACAAACAACAAUACAGGGCUUCUUCCACACAAACAACAGUGCUAAACAACCAACUAAAGAAUCCAGCAAUGAGCCUCAAGCUGGUGAACACUCCUCAUGUGACAGUGAACACUCCUCGUAUGACAGUGAACAUUUUCUGGACAGUCAUAUAGAAUUUGACCCUUUAUUCUCAUCCACAAAUGUCUGCUCCACAUCAGGGGACAAAAGUUCCUCAAAUCAAGACCUCAGCUCACCAAACUCAAAUCAGCAUUCAAGGGAGGCUACUCUUCAACGAAUGUGUGACUCACAUGAAGAUGUGCCUGUUCGAGUGGAAGAGCACCUGUCUCAUAUUGAUUUUUCCAAACCAAAGCUUGAAGAGCCGGUCAUUAAAAGGAGUGAUUCAUCUUGUCCAGACAUGGUUGGGAAUCAGAGCUUAGACAAAUCCAUCUUACCAUCUUGUGAGCCUGAAGCAUCUCAGGAUGAAGGUACUAGAUGGAGGCAACAACAUGAGUUGGAAGAUGAUCACAAAACCGACAAAACCGGAUUUAGAGAUGCUCUCUUCACAGUUAACCUGUCAGAUUCUCUUCCUUUACGUAUGAGAAAAGGUUCAAGGGGUUUCAAACUCAGGGAAUCUGAAAAACAGGGAGAGGAAAACGUAUGUGAAGAUACUGUAAGAUUUGUGGAUAGCUCUCUAACUUUCACUCAGACUUUUCACGAUGACUCUUGUAAAUCUGGGCCAAGGCUAUGUUUUUCUGACUCAUUAGAUAUUGAUUGUGACAGACACUGUGUAAGUGGCAAUGUGUUGACAAAACACGACAUGGAUCCCAGUGACGAAAUAUUGGUAAGGAGAUUGAGACGAGGCUGUCAAGUCAGAUCAGUGGCUCGGGGAAUAGACGUGAAUGUUACAAAUUGUUGCUUGGAGCUAGAAGAGGAAGAAUGCAAAACAUCGCCUUCAGCGUCCAUCUCCUGGAGAGAUGACAGAGGGACUCCGGACUUGCUGUGUUUAUUGGAACAUGGUGGAAAUGGCUUGGAGCCGACAUCAUUACUCGGCAGGUCACGUGGAAGUCUUAAUGAUCACAAUCUAGACCCAAAACUUGCCUUGAAGCCAAACUUGUCUGACAGUGUGAACUCUCUCGAUCUGUCCCCUCCAGCGACAUCCGAUGGUGGAGGGGCAACAGGUCCAGUGAGACCCUUGCAGCAGAUUUGUAUUUGGAAAUCAGGUCAGGAUGACUCAGACACUGACAGGAUGGCACAAGGAAGUGACCUUUCCUGGGCCACUAGAGCAGGUUGUGAUGGUUCCUUAACAAACGUACCCCAUCAUGCACUAGGAGGAUUGUGUAAGACCUCGAGGUCGUUACGACACCAGCAUAGGGUCUCAGGGACAGACACUGAGGGUAAAUGUCACUUGUGGUCUGAGGGAAGUUUGAUGUCCAGUUUGUCUAAACACAGAAAUGGCUCUGCCGAGCACAUCAAUGUUGUACCCAGUGAGGGAGGGGUUUCAGGUGGUUCAGACUCACUGGUGUUUACACCAUCGCAGGGACCCAACGCUGGACCUGAUGAGGUGGAGGGGGAUGUUGAUGCAGACUUUCUCCUGGAUUCACAACUGAUCUGAGUUUUGUGUUUAAAAUAAAAUGUGGCAUGAUCACUCCCCCCACCACCCUGAUUGACUGUACUUGACUUUUCAAUACAGGAACAAUCAUAUACAUCAUCACCACCAUCAUCACCAUCAUCACUUUCAUCAUGCAAAAUAAAAGUGUUAUCAUUA